AUGGAAACCAGGGAUUCCUACAUUGCUGUGGCGCCCAAUUCCAUUAAACCGAAUAGUGAAUAUACGGUUAGUGUUACUCUAUCGGAUAUUAUCGAACCAAUUGCUGUCGAAGUUGGUAUUUCCGGACCAUCAUUUAAUCGUAGCCAAACAAUUGAAUUUGAACAACAAAAAACCUCUGUGACCUAUUUCAAAAUCCCAUCUAACCUGGAGAAUGGUACAUACACCUUAACGAUACAAGAUGUUAAUGGGGUGGAAUUUUCGAACUCAGCUGAUUUGAUUUAUGAAGUUGGUGAAAAUGUUACCGUUAUCGGAAGUGACAUUGUGAAAUCGGAAACGGAAAAAAAUGUGACCGCUAAACGUUUUGGCCCCUUGAAUUUGAACUUUAAACGAGAACCGUAUCGUGUUGCCAAAGAUCAGUUGAUAAAAAUAAAUUCCACCGAAUCCAUCCAAUAUGCUGUCUAUGAUGUAUUUGCCAAUGGCAAACUUGUCAAACAUCAAUAUUUUGAAAUUGGUGGAGAAUAUACGACGGACUAUAUAACGAUAACACCCACAUCCGAUAUGAUGCCCAAGGCCAAUAUUUUUGUAUAUUUCAUACAAAAUGAUACUCUCAUUUGGCGUGAUUUGAAAAUGCUCUUUGCCAAUAGUUCGGAUUGUGAGAAUAAUUCUACCGAAUAUCAACGCCUCUUGAUGGAAAAUGCUGAUGAUGCAACAGAACUUGAUGGCAUGCGUAAGCCACCUGGUGAAGAAUCGGGUUUGAUAACUUUAACUGAUGCAACAUAUGAUCUAGAGCCAGGAUUGGAAUAUAAACAUAGAUACUAUACCAUAGUAGCUCCGGGUACCCUGCAAUCCGGUAGCGAAUACACUGCAACGGUGUCAAUACAUGAUAGCUAUGAGACGGCCAGUAUAAAAAUUGGCAUAUCCGGACCAUCGUAUAAUAAAACGAAGACAAUUGAAGUACCCGCCUACGGAUCACAAAUGGUCCGUUUCGAUAUACCAAAUUUAAAUGGCGAUACUUAUGAACUACAAACCGAAGGUUUGAAGGGCUUAAUUUUCAAACGCUAUGCUAAAUUGGUGGUGAAACCCUACUUCACAAAUGUUUACAUACAAACCGAUAAGGCCAUGUAUAAACCUGGCGAUAAGGUCAAAUAUCGUAUUUUAGUUUUGGAUGGUGAAGCCAAACCAGUUGCCAGCCAGCACUUGGCUGGACUCACUUUGAACAUUUACGAUAGUGAAGGUAAUCGCAUGAGAAGCAUGGACAAUUUAAAUUUCACCAAGGGGCUACAUAGGGGAGUGUUUCCUCUAGCGGAGCACACAAUACUGGGAAAAUGGUCCAUAGAAAUUUACGAUAAAUAUUCGGAAUUCUCUGAUAACGAAUUUAACAUAAGACGUGCGAACGCCAAGGCCAAAAAAAUUUUUGAAAUUUCCAAAUAUGUACUGCCGAAAUUCAGUGUGACCCUGGAAUGUGAUAAGAAAGUGGCAAUUUUAGAUCGUAAAUUCGCCGUUACAAUACGUUCGAAAUAUGUUCAUGGACGGCCAGUGAAUGGUAAUGCCACAAUUACAGCCUACAUUCCCGGUAAUCGAUUACCCAAAGCUGAAAAAAAUCUCCCCCUAAUCGAUGGCAAAGCUGUGGCGGAAUUCUCCUUCAACGAGGACAUUAUCAUGGAUCAUUUCAAACCCCAUCUGCAGCUAUUGGCCAUUGUUACCGAACAUCAUACGGGAGAGCAAGAGAAUUGCACGACAACAAUUUCAAUUGAACGAUCGCGUUAUACCAUCGAACUACCAAACAUGCAAUCAAGCUAUGUGCUUAAUCAGACCUUUGAGCUUAAACCUAUUAUUCGAAAGCUCAAUGGGGGAGUGCCCACCCACAGCCAAUGUACAGCGAAGUUGAUAUUAAAUCAAUACAAUCAGGGUGGCAAUAUGGAUUAUGGUUUAAUUUUUGAAACAGAUGUUGAUCGUAAUGGUGUUGCCAUAUUUAAAUUAAAUUUUUCCAUACCGGCAACCUAUAAUGAUGUGGCCAUAAUGUAUGAAGAGAAAAUUCAACAUUUUCAAGGUUUUACUAUUGUGGCGGAUUCAAAGGCAUACCAAGAUGAAGAAGGUGAGGCCAAUGACUCGGGAGAACAUUAUUAUUAUACACCACAGCCGAGAACGUAUUAUCCUCCUUCAUUCGGGGGAGUUGGUAUUGGACGACCAACAGUAGUCAAAGCCCCAGUGGGACCUCUAAAAAUAGCAUGUCGGAAUAAUAAUCUUUCCCCCCUUAUUAGCCUCAAAUUAGGCGAAGAAAUCGUUCUGGACAUUGAAUCCGAUGAUCCCAUACCAUAUUUCUUCUAUACGAUAAUGUCGCGUGGUAAAAUUGUCGAACAUAAAUAUGUGAAAGUCGAUGGCGAUGGUAAGAAGUCCUAUGAGCUGAAAAUUAAACCAACGCAUGAAAUGUCACCCAAAGCAAAAAUAUUUGCCUACCUCAUUGAUGAUGGCGAUAUGAAGUCGGAUACAAUGACCCUCAACGUUCCGGGGACAUUUAAGAAUAAGUUAUUAAUAACAGGACCCCCGGCAGCAAAUGCCAGCGAUGAGAUCACUUUACAAAUCCAAACAGAUCCCAAGUCAUUUGUGGGCCUAUUGGCUGUCGAUCAAAGUGUUUUGUUAAUGAAAUCUGGUAAUGAUUUCAGUGGAAAACAAAUUUACAAUGAUUUGGAGAAAAUGCAGUCUGUGGCACCUGAUACCAAUGGUCGUCAUGGGACAUAUCCUGGUAAAGAUUCUGGAUUUCUAACAAUCACCAAUGCCUGUUACCCUCGACAAGUAACUCCUACUGUUGUAUAUCGUGGCUUUGGCGAUGCACCCGGUUCUCAUCAUGCCGUGGCAUAUUCUGCUCCUCAAUAUUCUACCGCUGCAAUGAGUAGAGCAAGCAGUGGUGGGGUACAACCAGCGCCUUUGCCAAAUCCAGAACCAACGAUACGUCACAAUUUUGUGGAGACAUGGAUUUUUGAUGACAUCGAAAGUACCGAUUCCAAUGGCUUUGCAAAUAUCUCAAAAAUAAUUCCCGACACAAUGACCUCAUGGAUUAUCAGCGGAUUUUCUCUGAAUGAAAAGACUGGCUUUGGCAUAACGGAGACGGCCACCAAUAUUAGUGUAUCCCAACCGUUCUUUGUAUCGACAAGCCUUCCCUACUCAGUUAAGCGUGGUGAAAUUCUCAACGUACCCGUUAUUGUAUUCAACUCAAUAGCAAUCGAUAUCAAGGCCGAUGUUAGUCUGCAGGUUGAAAAUAACGAAUUUAGCUUCGCCGAUGCUGAGGGCAAUAUUCUGACGGAUCAAAAAAUAAACCAUGAAAUUGAAGUGAAAUCGAAUUCAGAUGCUUCGACUUCAUUUAAAAUUUAUCCACGAAUUUUGGGUGAACUGACCUUGACAGUUAAGGCCAUUUCACCAUGGGCUGGAGAUUCAAUACAACAUAAACUCAGGGUUGAACCGGAAGGUGUAACACAAUACAAAAAUCAGGCGUUAUUUUUGAAUUUGCCAUCAUCGAAACAGCAAAGUCACACCUUUGAAGUGGAAAUACCCCAAGAAGUGGUAAAGGAUUCGGAAUAUUUGCAACUAAUUGCUGGUGGAGAUUUAUUUUCGUAUUGGGAAAAUCUGGAAAAUAUGAUCGGAAUGCCUGGACGAGUUAUUGGUGGAGCUGAGGAGAAUAUUUUGAACUUCAACAUGCACCUUUUAAUUCUACAAUAUUUGGAUGUGAUGCAUGUGGAAAAACCCGAUCUUAAGGAGAGGGUCAUACGUUCUAUGGAAACGGCUUAUCAACGUCAGCUGAGCUAUAGACAUCCAACAGGUAGCUUUUGUCGAUUCAGUUGGAAUUGCAUUUACAGCCAACCGGACGUACAAGUUACAGCCCGGGUUGCCAGAACAUUUAUACAGGCCCAAAAAUACCUCACCAUCGAUCAACAAAUCAUUGACAAGGCUUUGGAUUAUUUGUCCAAGAUACAAAGUCGUAAAGGACAAUAUUCCCCCGACAAACCCAAUGAAGUGGCAACUACGGCAUUUGUUUUGCUGAGCUUUUUAGAAGACAAGCACUAUGCCAAGAAAUAUCGAGCCCAAAUCCGCAAUGCUGUUCAUUAUAUAUCUCUCGAUACGAAUAGAAUUCCGAACACCUAUAACCUGGCCCUGGCAACUUUAGCUUUGCGUAAAGUUAAUUCACCGUUAUAUCCCGAGCUAUUUGAACGUCUGCAACAGCUAUGGAAAUUAUUGCCUAACUCCAAAAAUGAUGUGGAAACUAUGGCCUAUUUCUUGCAAAUAUUAUUGGAGGAAACAACGCCUCAAGGACCUCAGGAUGAAACUCAGCUAUUAUCUAUUGUCAAAAAGUUGAUAAAUGGUCUUAAUAGUGUUGGCGGAUUUACUCCGACACGUGGAACGAUUGCUAGUUUAGAGGCUUUGAUAAAAUUUUCUGAGAAAUAUAACAUGGGAGCCAAGGGUAAAAUUGACAUAACAUAUGAGGCCCUAAAUUCCGCAGAAGAGCUGCUCACCAAUAACUCCUUUGGUAUUGAUAACACAGAAGCUCUCACUUUGAAAGCAUUUGAGUUACCAAAAUCGACCCGAAAAUUAAUCGUGUCCGCUGUGGGUAAAGGUAGCGGUCUCUUGCAAUUGUCAUAUCACUAUAAUGUUCUUAAGCAGGAGGAAACCAGCGAUUUUAAUGUGACCUAUAAAGUCAAGAUGACUGAUGACUCAUCGGAUUAUAUCUCACUCAACAUUUGUGCACAAAAUAAUCUCGAAUUUGAUAUUGAAAAUAGUCCAGAUUCAAAUAUGAUGGUUAUGGACGUUUAUUUGCCAUCCGGUUUUAUAACUUACCCAAAUGCAUUGGAUAAAAUUCUGGAAGCGGGGAAAGUACAACAUGUUGAUAGCCGCAACGAUAAUACUCUGAUUACCAUCUAUAUUGACGAACUGCCGGUGUGUUUGAAAGUAUUUGCAGAAAAAUAUCAUCAUGUUGAGAAUUUACAACCAGGUGUCAUAACCCUGUACGAUUAUUAUGAUCCGAAGAAACGAUCAACAGUUUUUUACGAUAUUGAGAAAUAA